AUGUUUGGUAAAUCAACUGCCAGCGCCUGCCAGUCGGGCUUCAAGGAAACAGAUUCCCAAGAGGACCUCCUGUUUCGAGGUCAAAGUGUCCGGAGCUACCGCAGUUAUCACUUGGCCGGUCUUCCGGGCGAUGACGGUCUGUCAGAGGCCUCCAAAUCAUCGCUGACCCGACUGCAAGCGCUGGUGGAACGCGCCGACUUCCUGGCUGCAGAGGAUCCUGCCAGCGCCGACGAGCGGGCGAUCAUCUCCGCUUCGCAGGGCAUGGUCUUCCCGCUUCAGCUCGCGCACGUCUUCAGCGUGGCUUUCGAGGAGGAGCUGUCCACUGAAUGGAACAGUGCGCGAUCGUGCAAGGGAUGGCAGGAUCUUUGGGAGAGCCAACAGCUUUGGCUCAUGAAGGCCAAGCCACAAGCUGACAGAGGAAGCCAGUGA